GAGACGAGUGCGGGUAAGUAGUAAACCGUUGUGGUGUUAGAGAAAGAAAGGGAAAGAACAAAUCAACAAAGUAAUACCAAAGGUCAAAUUUCAUCAAAUGAUGAAAAAAACAAAGAAAAAAAACAAUGAUGGACAAUGCAAUUGAAAAAUUCAAUCUGGAACACCUUUGUUAAUUAAUUCAAAUGGGGAUUUUUUCUAGACAUAAUCAUCGGCCAUCAUCUUUUCUCCCUCGAUAUGUUGUCUUCUUUGCUUUUAUGUUCCUUGCUCUUCUCCUUUACUUCGAGGUAGACAACUUAGUUUCUCAGACAAAAACAAUUGUUGGUCACAACUUAGAGCCAACGCCGUGGCAUGUAUUUCCUGUGAAAUCUUUCGAUGAAGAAUCCACUUAUUCAAAGGCUUCAACGAUCAUACAGUGCUCUUAUCUUACCUGUAGUAGCAGUAGUUUAGUCACCAAUAUUCCUCGAAGCACCAACUCGAAAACCACUGAAUCCAACAGUUGCCCGUCUUUCUUCAGGAGUAUAGGUUACGAUCUUGAGCCAUGGGCCAAAUCUAGGAUUUCUAUGAGCCAUGUAAUGGAAGCUCAGAAGUAUGCAGCAUUUAGAGUUGUAAUUGUUGGUGGCAAAUUAUUUGUAGAUUUUUACUAUGCAUGUGUGCAGAGUAGAGCUAUGUUCACAAUUUGGGGAAUAUUGCAACUACUCAGGAGAUAUCCUGGAAAAGUUCCAGAUGUAGAUUUGAUGUUUGAUUGCAUGGAUAAACCUAUAAUAGAUCGAGCCGAACAUGCUUCAAUGCCUUUGCCUCUGUUUCGGUACUGUACCUCACCACAUCAUUUCGAUAUACCUUUUCCAGAUUGGUCUUUCUGGGGCUGGUCGGAAACACACAUAAGUCCAUGGAAUGAAGAAUUUAAAAGCAUCAAACAAGGUUCAAGCUCUCUAAGUUGGGGAAGGAAGAUACCGGUGGCAUUCUGGAAAGGGAAUCCAGAUGUAGUUUCUCCUAUUCGCAUAGAGUUGCUUAAUUGCAACAACACUGAAAUGUGGAGAGCACGAAUUAUGCGGCAGAAUUGGACAGAAGAAGAAAGGCGUGGAUUUCAGAGCUCGAAACUAUCAAAGCAAUGUAGAUAUAGGUACAAGAUUUAUGCAGAAGGAUAUGCAUGGUCAGUGAGCUUGAAGUAUAUUCUGUCAUGUGGUUCUCUUCCCCUGAUAAUCAGCCCACAGUAUCAGGAUUUCCUUAGUCGCGGUCUCAUUCCGAAGAAAAAUUACUUGUCAAUUCCUCCAUUUGAUUUAUGUCCCUCUAUAAAGGCUGCAGUUGAUUGGGGUAAUGCAAAUCCAUUGGAGGCUGAAGCGAUUGGAAAAGCAGCACAAGACUUCAUGGAAAGUUUGAGUAUGGAUCGGAUAUAUGAUUACAUGUAUCACUUAAUUUCAGAGUACGCAAAGCUGCAGGAUUUUGUACCGGUUCAACCCUCUUCUGCACUUGAAGUAUGUACAAAUUCUGUACUUUGUUAUGCUGACGACAAGCAAAAAAGUUUGCUCAGAAGAUCCCUUGCGUUCCCUUCAGAUGAGAGUCCUUGCACGAUUUCCAGAUAGAAGCAGUGGCAAAUUUAGGAUUUAGAGUCCGAAUUUGAUUCUAUUGAAACUGUUACGUCUCGUCUAAAUCAGUGUCAUGGCCUAAUGGAGUUGCAUAGGAACGAAAUUUGGUUUGUCUUCUCUCUUUGUACAAGAAAUUUUCUGUUUCACUUGAGAAUAAACCAAUGUAGAAGAAAGGGGUUAUUCAUCAUUAUGCACUCUAUAAUCGUAGUAUUUUUGUAUGCUUGUUUGGCACUGAGGCGUAACUAUUAUUGAUGUUUUGAGUUUA